AUGCUCCUCGUCCUUGCAGGUACUACUGUUAUCACUUGGUGCUUCGUUUCCACAUUCAAGGCUUGGUACCGGCUUUCCCACGUCCCUGGUCCCUUCCUAGCCUCCUUCUCCUCCUUAUGGAUUGUCAAGCAACUUCUCAGAGCACACAUCGCCCCUGCUCUAUUGGAAAUACAAGAUUACGGGCGUCUGGUAAGAGUGGGACCAAACUACCUUUUGACAGAUGAUCCAGAAACCCUCCGCCAAAUCUCAGCUGCUAGGAGCCAAUACAACAGAGAUGAAUGGUGGGUCAGCCUCAGAUUGAGCCCCGAGGCUGACAACCUAGCAACCAUUCUGGAAGCAGGACCACACGAUAAGGUCAAAGCCCAGAUGGCUGCUGGUUACGCUGGUCGUGAUCAAAUGGAUAUGGAGAAGAAGGUCGAGGCGAAGAUCGUACAUUUGAAAAAUGUUCUCCGCCAACGAUAUUUGUCCGAAGGCGACAACCUCAAUCCUGUGGAUCUCGCCCGUGUCGCGUACUACUUCACCUUGGAUGUCAUUACCGACCUAUCGUACGGGGAGGCAUUUGGAUUCUUGGACGCUGAAGGCGACUUAUACAAUUACACAAACUCUCUAGACCAAUUGUUAUUGGUGACCGGGCUCUUCUCUGAGAUCCCUUUCCUGCGUUACUUUUCCAAUACCGUCGUGGGAGCUGCGUUCAAACCGAAGUUCUCAGAUAAGUCCGGUAUGGGACGGCUGAUGAGAAUUUCCCGCGACAUAAUUGAAAAGCGAUUCGAGAGCGGUGAGCAGAAUCACGGAGAUAUGUUGAGCUCCUUUAUGCGCCAUGGAGUUGAAAAGAAAUCAGCCAUAGCCGAAGCCCCGCUUCAACUGGUCGCUGGGGCGGAGACCAGCUCAACUAUCAUUAGAAGCACAAUGGGCUAUCUAAUGACCUCUCCUCGCGUAUAUCAAAAGCUCAAGGAGCAAAUACAAGACGCAAUCAGGGCUGGUGUAGCAUCGUCGCCUAUAACUGUAGAGGAGGCGAAAAAGCUGCCGUAUUUACAGGCCGUCAUUGUCGAAGGCAUCAGAAUGCGUCCUCCCGCGCCCUAUGGUCAUUAUAAGAGUGUCCCACCUGGCGGCGACACGAUCAACGGCCUGUUCAUCCCCGAGGGCACGGCUGUUGGGCACAAUUCGUUUUCAAUGAUGAGAAGAAGGGACAUUUUCGGUGCGGACGUGGAAGUGUUUCGGCCGGAACGUUGGCUUGAGUGCAACGAUGCUCAGAGACUGCAAAUGGACCGGACUAUCGACAUUCACUUCGGAGGGGGUCGGUGGAUGUGCGCGGGGAAGGUCGUGGCGUACACUGAGCUCCAUAAGAUUUACUUCGAGUUUAUGCGCCUCUUAUCAAAGGAAUUCGAAAAGGCUAUCUUGAUGGUACGGGCCAGCUGGGCUGGCCAGGGGUGCGGCCAGGUUCGGCUCUUUUUGUUGUCAGCUACAGACAGCAAAGCAUUUGGCUUGGCAAUAGGAUUAAUCUUGCCCGAGCGUAACAACACGACUUCUUCGGGUGGGUCUUGA